AUGACUUCCCCUGAAAAUCAGCAUCCUGAACAAGCGAACUCUGGGUCGGUGAACUCUGAAGAAAUUGUGGAGUACAAGCUGAACCCUGGAGAGCGCUACGGAUGGUGGGAAAACAAUGAUCCUGACCCAAAGAAACGUGAUGUGGCGAUGGUGCAUGGCGCUGUGAACGACUGCCGGACGAGAGUUCUCCUGGAUACCGGUGCGACUGUGAAUAUUGUGAGCUUCGACUUAGCGCGUAAGUUCGGACUCACACUCAAGUCGCACAAGCAAACCAAGGUGUCUGGCAUGGGAGGCGUUCCGACGUACAUCGGUGCCAGUGCUCAGGUGAAGAUUACUCCCGGUUCGAGGGCGAUAUAUCUCCUGGAUGUCUGGAUUGCUAACAUCGGCGAAGGAAUAGAAGUUCUUCUGGGUAUGAGUUUCAUGUUUGCAGCUGGAGUGAGGAUCAGUGUUCGCGAAGGUCUCGUGACACUUCCGGAUGAAGAGGCGAUCAUGAUGUGUGGAUGGACUCCAGAGGAUCGCCUGGGGUCGACAUGCCCUUGGUACCUGACCCCUGGGGAAUCCAAGGUGGUGAAGAUCUCGUAUGGAUCGACGAACCCACAGCGUGAGGUUGUGUGGGCAGGACGAGGUGACCGCUGGGUAACGCACCUGAUUUACGCUGCGAGAUCCUGGCCGGUCGCCGUGAAGGUGGUCAACAUUUCGGACAACGACGUCUGGAUUCACUACAGAACGCCAGUCGCCCGAAUUGUGGAGUACGGCUUCUUCCCACGUGCCGGACGCUUUGUGCGCCCUGGUUCGCUUGCGUAUCGGGAGUGGCAGACGCUUAUUCUGGAGAGUGUUCAGUCGCGUGAGGGCAGACUUCGGGCGGAACGCCUGGCUGCGCUUGAGCCAUCCUGUGUCGAGACCCCAGAGUAUCAGUGGCCUACGAAGAUUCUGCCGCGACCUGCAAAGGGCCCCGACAUGGCACUGCUUGCCUCGAUUCUCAGGAAACCGAAGCCUCGUCGCGUGCGCUUCGCUGAAGACGCUGCAACUCAGACUGAAGGAGUGCCUCCUGAAGACCCUCCUGAACUCCGAGACGUUGCUGUUGAUACGAGUGACUUGGGUGACGUUCUGGAGGAGGCGGUGACCGAUGUUGCCUCGCAGACUGUCGGAACCCCAGAGGGCAUGAGUCCUGAAGGUGAUACGGCCGCUGAAACCCUGAGUUUACAGGUUGAAGUUGGCAGUGAUUCUCAGGGUCAGUGGUGCGACGAAGGUGAUUCUCUGGGAUUCGAUGUGGGUGACGACGAUUCUCAGGGUGCUGGGAUAUCUCGAUCUCAGGGAUGCCGGGAACUCCGUUGGAGAAGCUGA